AUGAUUGAGCGCUCAAAGGCUGCGUCCCCUACCAAACGCUUGCGGUCGUCGCUGCGGGCGUUCGGGCCGGACGGGGCAUUCCGGGAGGGCCUGCGCAGCGCCUUCGACCUCGAGCCCUCUGAUGUCGGCCCACUGAGGCUGUCGGCGCUCGGCGGCUGUGCAGUCAUCGCGGCGUACGGCAUUGCAAGCCCGCUGCUCGAGGUGGUCGCGCUCAGCCUGGGGAUGGACCUUCUGCCGCUUGUCGACGUCGGCCAGACCCUUUUAGUUUUCGCCGUGAACCCUCUCUACCAGUACGCUCAGCGCUGGGUGCUGCCCACACAGCUCAUCGGCAUCGCGUAUCGCGUAAUCGCGACGCUUCUCCUCGCGUUGUCGGCCCUCGCCGCGUCGUGGCCGCACAGUCGCGCGGUGGCCUACUGCCUGGCCGUCUACGGCGGCAUCGUCGCCCUCUACCCGCCCGUGCUGUACGACUCAUUCCUCGCGUCGGAGGUGAGACAGCGGGAGAGUGAGCGUCGCAGGCAGGGCGGCGGCAUGCACCGAGCACGCGGCAAAGACGUGGAGAGACGUGGCAUCCCCCGGUACCGACCUGGGCACGAGGCGGGGGUCGAAGUCGUCGGCGGCGACGAACUCGAUAGCUGGACGGGAGGAGCAAGCGUGUGA